UCCUCCCCGCGCUACCCACCGAAACACACCACGCCGCGCGUCACGUCACGUCUCGGCUCACAGCCGGCCAGUUCCCGCGCCGCGCCUACUUCUUGGGGCAUAGAUAGAUCAUACAUCGCUCGCUCGCUCGCUCGCUCACUCACUCCCUCCCGGGGCCUGUGCUCUGCAACCGCAAGCAAAGCAACACGUACGCUAAGCGAGCGGGAGGGGGAGGGCGGGGUUGGUCGGAGCCAGAGAAGAUGGAUCACGCGGCGGACACGUUCCGGACGGACCUGAUGACCAUCACGCGGCACGUGCUCAACGAGCAGAGCAGGCACCCGGAGUCGCGCGGCGACCUCACCAUCCUCCUCUCCCACAUCGUCCUCGGCUGCAAGUUCGUCGCCUCCGCCGUCAACAAGGCCGGCCUCGCCAAGCUCACCGGCCUCGCAGGCGAGACCAACGUCCAGGGGGAGGAGCAGAAGAAGCUGGACGUGCUCUCCAACGAGGUGUUCGUCAAUGCCCUCGUCAGCAGCGGCCGCACCUGUGUUCUUGUGUCCGAGGAGGACGAGGAGGCUACGUUCGUCGACCCAAAGCUCCGUGGAAAGUACUGUGUCUGCUUUGAUCCCCUGGAUGGCUCCUCCAACAUCGACUGUGGCGUCUCCAUUGGAACGAUCUUUGGGAUCUACAUGAUCAAGAACCAAGACACCGUGACUCUGGAGGAAGUGCUGCAGCCUGGGAAGGACAUGAUUGCUGCUGGAUACUGCAUGUAUGGGAGUUCCUGCACGCUUGUCCUGAGCACUGGAAAUGGUGUCAACGGCUUCACGCUUGACCCUUCUCUUGGGGAGUUCAUAAUGACUCAUCCAGACAUCAAGAUACCGCCAAAAGGAAAGAUCUAUUCGGUUAAUGAAGGGAAUGCCAAGAACUGGGACACGCCUACUGCAAAGUACGUUGAGAAGUGCAAGUAUCCCACGGAUGGUUCAUCACCUAAAUCCUUGAGAUACAUUGGCAGCAUGGUUGCUGAUGUCCACCGCACCUUGCUAUACGGCGGCAUAUUUCUGUACCCCGCAGACAAGAAGAGCCCGAACGGAAAGCUCCGUGUGAUGUAUGAGGUGUUCCCCAUGUCAUUCCUGAUGGAGGAAGCUGGAGGCCAGUCUUUCACAGGCAAAGGACGGUCGCUCGAUCUGAUCCCCACCGACAUCCACGAGAGAUCCCCGAUAUUCCUCGGCAGCAGCGACGACGUGGAGGAGAUCAAGGCGCUGUACGCGGAGGAAGCCAAGAAGGCAGGAUCUGCAUGAAGAUCCACGGUCAUGUCGCGCAAGGCGUGUAAAUCGACGACGACUCAUGGGCCUUGCUGGCAAAUGUGAUUCAUAUAUCAGGCAUUUCUUUUCUAUACGUCUGUGUCAUUCAGUGUAAUAUACUAGCGUGGAGGCCUCGAACAGCUUCAUACAUGAGCUGCCAGGGUUUCUGCUUCUUUCCACAAUUCGUUCACUGAUGAUACGAAAUAUACAUCCAUGUAUACAUAUAUUCAGCUCA